CGCAGGCCGCCAGCCCCUCCUCAACCACAGAGAGCAGGCGGGCGCGGGCGGCGGUUCCCAUGGCGACGGAAGAUGGCGCCCAGGAACCGCCAGCGCUCCUCGGCCCCGCUCCAGGUCCUGCUGUUCCUCAACGGCUGGUACAGCGCAACCUAUUUCCUCCUGGAGGGCUUCAUCUUCGUCUACAAGGUGCUGCUGCUGCCUUACCCCUUCUCCAACCUGGUGCUGGACGUGGUGCUGCUCUUCCUCUACCUCGCUACUGAAGCCACUCGCAUCUUCUUUGGGUCCAAGGGCAACCUGUGCCAGCGGAAGGUGCCACUCUCCAUCAGCCUGGCCCUGACCGUCCCCGCAGCCGUGAUGGCUGCCUACUACCUGCUGCUGCAGACCUAUGCCCUGCGCCUGGAAGCCAUCCUGAAUGCCAUCCUCCUGCUCUUCUACGCCGUGGAGCUGCUGCUGGGCAUCCUGGCACUGGUCUCCUUCUCCAGUGUGGAUUCGUACUGAGGCCAUGUGCCAUGCCAAAGGACCUGGCACAGAGCGGCAGAGAGUGGCACAGGUAGGCGAGGUGGCAGGGAGCUGGUGGCCCCUGGUGCCAGCUCCAUGGGUUUGUUGGGUCCAGGUAUGGAGAAUUGGGAGGGUUUUUUUUCUACCUUCUCACAAGCAUUCACUAUUUUCCAAUAAAUAUUUAUUUUUUA